AUGACGGCCCAGAGUCGGGGUCUCCUGGCUGUGGUAGGCCCGGAGACGGGGUCUCCCAGCUGUGGGGUGACUGUGGGUCCAACAUGGGACCCAGCAUCAGCGGCCCAUCAGCGAGGUGAGCUAGUGACAAAGAGACCGGUGACUCCGACAUCAGUGGUUCAGAUUGUGGUCUGGGAACGGGAGAAUUUCCAGGGUCGGAGACAGGAGUUUACCAGCGAAUGCUCCAACAUCACACAGUAUGACUUCGACGACGUGCGCUCUAUCCGAGUGGAAAGUGGUGUCUGGGUUGGCUAUGAACAUCACGAUUUUGAGGGGCAGCAGUUUAUCCUGGAGCGCGGGGAGUAUUCCCGAUGGGAGGCUUGGAGUUGGAGUAAUUCCUAUCAUGUGGAGUGGAUGAUGUCCUUCAGACCUGUGUAUUGUGCGGACCACUCGGCCUCUUGUAUGGAAAUCUAUGAACGGGAGAACUUCAUGGGACUGCAUGCAGAUCUGUGUGAGGAUUACCCAUCUCUACAGGCCAUGGGCUGGUCUAACUGCAACGUGGGAUCCAUGUUUGUAAAGAGAGGGGCCUGGGUGUGUUACCAGUUCCUGGGUUACCGCGGUUAUCAGUACAUUAUGGAAUACGAUCGACACUCUGGAGAGUUCAAACACUGGAGGCAGUGGGGAUCGCACAGUCAGACUCCACAAAUCCAAUCUAUUCGCAGGAUCAUGCACUGA